AUGGGCGUUGGGGCGUAUCUCCAGAUUCUAAAUGGCACGCCAUACACAUUUACCAAUACAGAUCCAAGCAACAGAGGAUACCAGAUGAACUCAUGGGAUCCAAGUGCUUCGAUCGCGCCGGGUACUUCCGACUUUUCCUACUUUGAAUUUGACGACGGUGUUACCGUUACAACAAGUGACACCCAGGUCACUAGCACUUAUACAAUCGGUAAUACGGGACGCUCUUUUAGCAUCCGAGCAGAAGAUGACUCUCCGAGAUUGUAUGCCAGGAUCGAUGGCUUUUCGACUUCCGCUAUGCCAGAAGGCGAAUGGCUCCCGCUUGGCUUUGUGCAUAACGGUGGUAACCCUUUUGUACUCACCGGCACUACCAAAAACAUGUCGACUACAUUUCAGCCGCCAGACUGGAUGCAUCAGAACUUGAAUACCUUGGGUAAUUUACCCCUGAAGAGAAUAUGCAUGCCAGGGAGUCAUGAUGCUGGCAUGGGUGUUCUCAACCCAGUCGGUACAGGGCAAAAGAGUCAGCCAACCACUGUCUACCAACAGCUCGUCAACGGCUCUAGAUUCCUUGACGUCAAGCCGGUUAUGGUUGCAGGAGGCGACUUCAGAGCCGGCAAUUUCCCGUCAAAAUCGACUAUUGGUGGCUGUUAUGGUCAAAGCAUGAGCGAUAUUGUUUCUGACAUCAACAAAUUCACCAAAGAGUAUGCCGAGCUGAUUAUCAUUGACCUCUCGCAUGGCUAUGACUCAACAAAUAAUUUUUCCGUCCUGUCGGUUAACCAGUGGUCUACACUAUUCAGUCAGCUAACCCAAAGUCUGUCUAAUCUCGCGUUGAUCAAUGCAGACUACACAACAGGACGGGUUUUCAACAAUACCCUAAACUCAUUCAUUGGCAGUGGGACAGCCUCUGUGCUGGUCUGCCUUGAUGUGGGUGGCAUCUUGCCUGACCCAUCAUUCCAGGGCAAGGGCAUCUUUUCCCAAGCAAACCUACUCACGAAUAACGUGUGCUCCAGCACUACGAAUGUGAAUUCUCUGGAUAUAGAUCUGCUUUCCAAGCUUGAGAAUUAUCCGACAGGUUCGAGCGGCCAAGUUAUUGAUCAACUUCAACUUGUAUCAUGGUUCUUGACACAAAGACAGCCCGACUCUGGAAUCGAGGCCCUUGCCAACCAAGCAAAUCUGAACUUGUUCAAAAAUCUCCUUGGAUUCUGCUCGGCGUCUGCUUUUCCCAAUGUCAUCCUGGUGGAUUGGCUAAAGAACACCAACACGACGGCGUUGGCUAUGGCUAUCAACAAUAAGGUGUACGGGAACGCUAACUCUGGGAAUAUCCCAUCUCCCACACAACAAUACGUCUCAUCUCUCACUGUUCAGGCAUCCGGAGACUCGGAUUUCUUUCCGCUUGGCACUUGCGUGGACGAAAGUGGACGGCAGGGGAGCCCGGACUGCAAUAAUAGUUUCAGUGGAGACUACACUUAUGUUGUAAAGACUUUUACCACGAACCCAUCUCAAGCCAUCACCGGAUUGAGCAUUCACAUUACUGGCGAUAAAAACUCUUGGCUGGGAGGAGAUAUGGCUAAUGACGCUGGCGGCGACUUCCGGUAUGUGGUCACUUCGCGAGAUUUGAGCUUGCCUACCAGGAUCAGUAAUGUGCAGCUGUGGAGAUCUCCCGAUGAUCCUGUUACCCUCGCUGAUGCGGUUGGAUGGGAUGGAAUCAGUACCGACAUCAAUCAUGGAAGAAGUGGCGCGUACCUGUAUCUCGUUUGGAAGAAUGCUCGUGUCUGA